ACCCCACGUGGGCGCAGGGCAGUGUCCACACUUCUGCGUAGCGCAGUCGCGCGCUUCCUCUUCUGCACUCCAGCGCGUCCCGCACGCAGGUCCCUUCGGGGCCACCAGAGUUAGGGGUCUCCGCAAGUCCGGGGUCCGCGCUGUCUGGCAUCCCGGCCUCCUGAGGGACUAUGCGGAAACCGGACGGGAAGAUCGUGCUCCUGGGGGACAUGAACGUAGGCAAGACGUCGCUGCUGCAGCGGUACAUGGAGCGGCGCUUCCCAGACACGGUCAGCACGGUGGGCGGCGCCUUCUACCUGAAGCAGUGGCGCUCCUUCAACAUCUCCAUCUGGGACACCGCAGGGCGGGAACAGUUCCAUGGCCUGGGCUCCAUGUAUUGCCGGGGGGCAGCUGCCGUCAUCCUCACCUAUGAUGUGAACCACCCACAGAGCCUGCUGGAGCUGGAGGACAGGUUCCUGGGCCUGACAGAAACAGCCAACAAUGAUUGCCUGUUUGCCAUCGUGGGGAACAAAGUGGACCUCACUGAAGAGCGGGCCACAGAGGGUGGGGAGAAGAAAGGACAGGCCUCUGGGGAGGCUAGUGGUGGCUAUGUCUCCCCAAGGGUGCCCAAGCAGGUACAGCUGGAGGACGCAAUGGCCCUUUACAAGAAGAUCCUGAAGUAUAAGAUGUUGGAUGAGAAAGACAUGCCAGCUGCGGAACAGAUGUGCUUUAAGACCAGUGCUAAAACCGGGUACAAUGUGGACCUCUUGUUUGAGACCCUGUUUGACAUGGUGGUGCCAAUGAUUGUUCGGCAGAGAACUGAAGAACCAUCCCAGAUUGUGGAUAUAGCCAGCUGUAAAACUCCCAAACAGACUAGAUCUGGGUGCUGUGCCUGAAGCAAGAGGUCUCCCUGAUGUCAGUUGGCACGUGUGGGAGCCACUGGGAUCAGAAGUUUCACAGAACAGUGUGCAGAGGGUGGUGGGUGAAAACUACCACCAGUUGCCAAUACAGGCCAGUGUGCACUAGCAGCCUCUGGUUAGAGGAGGUGGGCUUGAAUCCUCUGCACAGCCAGCCUGGUGCUACCUUGCCCGAUGCCCAGUGGCCCCGUCAGUAGAGCCCUUGGUCUGGGGAUCUGUCUUGGACUUGGACUGGUACUGACUCUCUUGGUUGCCACAUCCUGCAUCUUUGCACUGUUGCUGUUAGGUUUCUCUCUACUGUGAUUCACCUGUGGUCCUCCCAUUUGAUACCUUGAUGCGUUAUGAUGAUGCGCCACAUUUAAUUUAUACAAAAUCAGGAAUUGCUAGUUUUUUUGUUUGUUUUUUUUACUAUUUGAAGCGGUGUGGGCUACAUGUGUUAUUAAAAAGGAUUUGGGGGGAAAGCCUUA